GGUCCAGGCGGUGAAAGCAUGGCAGCUGCGGAGAUAGAGGUUGUUUCACCUGUGAUUCUGGACACAUCCCCAGACACUUUAGGAUCAUCCGCGGCCUCUGUAGCCACAGAGGUAGCUGCGGCGGCCAGGACUGGAUCGCAAGCCCAGGUCUCCAAGGCCGCCCUGGCUGCUAAGCUCAUGUCGCUCAGCGGCGUGUUCGCCGUGCACAAGCCCAAAGGACCCACUUCAGCCGAGCUGCUGAACCGGCUGAAGGAAAAGCUUCUGGCAGAAGCUGGAAUGCCUUCUCCAGAACGGAACAAGAGGCAAAAGCAGACACUGAAAGUCGGACACGGAGGGACUCUGGACAGUGCAGCGCAAGGUGUUCUGGUGGUUGGGAUUGGAAGAGGAACGAAAAUGUUGACCAGUAUGUUGUCGGGGUCCAAGAGGUACAUCGCCAUCGGAGAACUGGGGAAAGCUACGGACACGCUGGAUUCUACCGGGAAGGUAACAGAAGAGAAGCCAUAUGAUAAAAUAACACAAGAAGAUAUCGAAGGCAUUCUGCAGAAGUUUACUGGGAAUAUAAUGCAAGUACCCCCCCUCUAUUCUGCGCUGAAGAAGGAUGGACAGAGACUCUCAACGCUAAUGAAGAGGGGCAAAGUGGUUGAGGCCAGACCGGCCAGGCCAGUGACCGUCCACAGCAUCUCCCUCCUGGAGUUCCAGCCGCCGUUCUUCACGCUAGAUGUUGAAUGCGGAGGAGGCUUUUACAUCCGAAGCCUGGUCAGUGACAUUGGCAAAGAACUCUCUUCUUGUGCCAGUGUGCUGGAGCUGACCCGCACCAAACAGGGGCCCUUUACGCUUGCACAGCACGCCCUCCCCGAGGACAGAUGGACCAUCGAUGACAUCGCACGGUCCCUGGAGGCCUGCACGUCGACCCUUCUGCCAGAGGAGCUGACGUCUAAGAAAUCAAGAUCCGAGAACUCCAGUGACCAGGUUUUAAGCUGUGGAUAUAUAACUCUCAGGGAGACAGAGAGAGAGGAUGACACAGCGAAGACACUUUGAGCCUGGCCUGGGACGAUCGUUUCCCGGUUGGUGUGUAUCCUGACCCAGGAAUGCCCAUAUACUUCUUGAGUUCUUUGCAAGAUAUCUUAAUGUCUCUGGAUGAUGGAUCUGAUUGGAUUCAGAUAAAUAAGUUUUCUGAAUUUGAUCUCCCCUUAGUCUUUUUCCUGUGAAAAAGUUAGUAUUUUAACUACAGAAGCGUGAAGUCUGAGCUACAGAUUCCACUUGUGUCAGACUCUCUUUGCUUAGAUGGGGGAGGGGCCUUCACUGUUGUGAAAUUCUCUGAAUGUAUCUGAAGUGCUCAGUGUUGAGCUGUCCUGUGUGCGUGUGCCGCUGGGAAGCGCUGGCGGCCUGUGGUCAUCUGCGACUGUGUUUCUUAGAUCUUGAAAAUGAAUACGUUUUCCCGAUAAAUAUCUGUAAAUGCACAAACUUCUGCCUCGGCCACUGGCAGAAUGUAAAUGGCGUAAUUCGUUUCAGAUCGUCUUCUCGGCAGAGCUCAGCUCCUGUCACUGUGUACCGUGGCAGCUGUUCUGUGGACAGCCACAUGAAAUCAAAGCACUAGAAAUGUGAUUUUCUUUUUAGAAUAUAAAGAAUUUAUCUUGAAUUAAAA